UCAGUGCUGCUGUUCAGUGCUUUGACAUUACUUCAUCCAAAGAAAGGUAAGAAGUAAAAAACCUGCAGUGACUGGAUCACACAUCCUGUCUGACCCUUAAUGCCAUCAAAAGAACAUGAACUGGAUGACUUUGGUAUUUUUUGUGGGCCUUCUGUGGAUUUUUCAUGUUUCUUCAAAAAACUGCAAUCAGUGCACUAAAGUCAAAUGUGAAAAACUCACAACAUGUUUGACCACGACCACUGACUAUUUGUUUGUUGCUGAUAACUUCAGUGGUGUCAUUGAUGCAGGACAAUAUUGGAAUCACAGAAAAAAUGGUUGCAUAAUAUUUCUGCAGGAAAAUGCUACAGGAAGACCAAUGUGGAGUGAACAGUCGCCUCAAUUGCAGACAAAGAAUGGUGCCUAUGUACUGCAGAUUUUAAAAGGGAAAAUCAACAAUAAAAGACGUCUGUAUAUCCUGCAAGGAAAGAAAUGCAACGUCACAGUAUCUGGCCUCACAGAUUCAACAUGCAUCUUCAAUCAGAAUGUCACAGGACCUUGCCAGGUUAGAUGUUUGGAUACAGAAACCAUAUGUAAACAGUCUACUUAUGAUGAACAGAAGUGCACCAACAUGGGUGGAAACGGCGUGGACGAGUACUUCAUCAAAAUCACAGCACCAGAAGAAAACUGUCUCAACUGUGUUAAGCCAGUGAGGGGCCCAGAUAUUAGACUUGAUACAGAGAAACUCAAAGAUCUCAAUAUAACAGUAACAAUUCAAGCAGGAAAACCAGUUGAUGCUACCCAAGCUGCUAAAAUGAUGGACAACAUGGCCAACCUUGCCGCCACCAUCAAUGUAUCUUCAGCUGAACUGAAUGUGGGAGAAGGAGUCACGGGUAUCUUAAAGAGAGAAACGGACCCCACGAGCAUAGACAAUGUCUUCUUUGCUUAUAAGUCUCCAAAUGACAGUAUAAGUAUUAUAGACAACACAGAUACUAUGGCCACAUUUUCAAGAUCAGUUACAGUGCCAAAAGAAGCAUUUGAAAAAUCUUUCAGUUCGAAUGUUAGUGUCGUAUUUGCAGUUCUUAUGCGAUUCACCAAUCUGGCCAAGGAUGCAAAGAACAGCAUGGUUUUAGGUAAUGAGGUUUUAGCAGUUGAAAUGGGAGCCAAUAUCACCAAUCUCACAGACAAAAUAAACAUCAAUUUUCAGAAUUUGACAUACAAAGGAAUUCCAUCUUGUCAAUCAUGGGAUGGUCAAGGAAGCCGACCAAACUGGACCAGUGACGGAUGUCUGACAAUACAAAAUGGAGAGAACAUUACAUGCCAGUGUUCCCAUUUGACAUUUUUUGCUAUCUUAAUGGCUCCUCCAAAUGAAACCAUUUCUAGUUCUAACCUGAACAAUCUCACCAUCAUCACUCAAGUUGGCUGUGGCUUGUCCAUGUUCUUCCUCGGCAUAGUCUUCUAUAUGCACUUCUUUCAAAGGGAGAUCAAGACCAGUGAUACCACAUGGAUUCUCAUUCAUCUGAUGUCGGCCACGUUCCUGCUUGACUUCUCCUUUCUGAUCAACAACUAUGUGGCAAACCUGAACAACACCGUGGGUUGUACAAUCAUGGCAGCUUUCAUGCACUACUUUUUGUUGGCGACUUUCACUUGGUUUGCUACCCAGGCCUUCCACCUCUGGCUGCAGCUGUACAUGGGGGCAAAAUUGUUAUCCGCCACUACAUACUGAAAGUCUCAAUUACCGCUUGGGUACUACCCAGUGUAAUUGGGAUUAUCCUGGUCAUCAUGGGAAAAUAUGGUGAAGAAAGUGUUUACACUAAUGACACUAAAGAAAAAGUGUCCAUGUGCUGGAUAACAGACAGGAACGUCCACUACAUUGUCAACAUAGCCUACUAUGCGGUGGUCUUCCUCUUCACUUUUACGACCUUCAUCAUCAUACUGUCCUGGUUCUUUUGUCUUAAGAGAACCAGAACAGACAACAUUAGCAACGCCAGCAGAAGUGGCAAAAAUAUUGUAACCAUCCUCGGACUGUGUUGCAUUCUGGGUAUCACAUGGGGAUUUGCCUUCUUUGCAUACGGUGCCCUCCAGAUCCC